AGAGAAGCCUUGCUCCGUCGAAUAGCCUAUGCUUCUUCACGAUGAUCCGCCGGGCAUAGGCUCCUGAGUCCUUGCACUGCUGUACGAGCCCGUCCCGACCGCCACAGGCUAGCCAUGUGGGUAGACAUGAGCCUCCGUAUAUAAUUGAACUGUGUUUCGUCUGCUUUUCCUUCUCAUCCCAGGCUAUUCACAGCAGUACCAAACUCUUCUCUGUUUCUUUUGCUUUUGCACAUCUUGCCUGUGGCAGAUCACAUUCUUUACCAUUGCUGUGCGUCAACGAAGAGCUAGACUCAACAACACAUCUCCCGCCUAUAUCAAGUAUCACUUGCUCUUCGAACCUCGAACCACCACAGUCAUCACAUUCAUUCCAUCGCUCAGCAGGUCUAGCGAUAUCCAAACGAGAAUACCUACUUCUCAUAACACUCCUUCAAACAUCAACAUGUUCUUUUCGACCCCCCUACUUGUGGCAUUCGCCGCCACUGCCUCAGCGCACAUGAGGAUGAACAACCCCAAGCCCUACGGCUUUGACACUCUCACCAGUUCACCAUUGGAGCCAGCCGACUUCCCAUGCAAGCAACGACCUGGUGUCUACGACGUUACACAGAUGAACCAGUGGAAUGCCGGCGAGACUCAGACAGUUUCCUUCCUUGGUUCCGCUGUUCAUGGUGGUGGAUCAUGCCAGUUCUCUAUCACCACUGAUCAGCAGCCAUCUGAAUCCUCCCAAUGGAAGGUUAUUCACAGCGUUGUUGGCGGCUGCCCAUCCAACGCUACUGGUAACCUAGUCGAGAACCCGGACGGCACUCAGGCUGCUACCUUCCCAGUUACCAUGCCUGACAACGUUCCUGAUGGCCAAUACACCUUCGCGUGGACUUGGUUGAACAAGGUCGGCAACCGUGAGUUCUACAUGAACUGCGCGCCUAUUCAAGUUGGAAGCGGCACUGGCAAGGCAUCAACUGCAAGUGCUUCCGAGGCUCUUUCGUCUCUGCCCGACAUGUUCGUCGCCAAUCUGCCUGCCACUUCGUGCAGCACCGCCGAGAACGAGGAUUUCAACUACCCCAACGCCGGCCAAAGCAUUGCUGAGGGUAACGGCGCUUCUCUUGGAGAUACACUCACUGGUGCCGGAUGUGACAAGAUGACCAAGAUGGGCGCUGGCAACGGACAGAUGGGAACACCGUCCCAGCCUGAGGCUUCUCAGCCCGCAUCAAGCGAGGCUCCGGCCGCUACUUCUGGUUACGCCGCACUUCCAUCCAACGGCGGUGGUGUCUUCGCCCCUGGUGCUUCUUCCGCUCCCGCUGCCGAGCCCACUCCUGCCGAGCCCACUGCCCCUGUCGCUACACCUACUCCUACCUAUGUUGCUGAGCAGCCUAGCAGCGCUCCCGAGCAGCCUGCGUACAGCGCGCCUCCUCAGGUGCCCGACAACAGCACUCCCAGCGCACCGUCCAGCGGCAGUGACUGCACCCCCUGUGACAACGAUGGAGCUGUUGUAUGCAUCGGAUCCAAUAUGUUUGGUCUUUGCAACCGCGGAUGCGCUGUUGCCCAGCCUCUCGCAAACGGCAUGUCCUGCUCUGGCGGUGCUGUCGUUGCUUCCGUCAAGCGAUCCGCCAAGUUCCCUCGCGCCCACCUCCACCGCCGCCACGGCUCGUCUCUCUUCAACUAAGAGACUCACGGACA